AAGAGGGGGAGGGGAGCGAGGAGAGGAAACAAAAACAAUCGCCCGGGCACCGCCAUCUUGGGUUCGUUCUGCACGCCACACGGUGAAUGGGUAGAUAUGAAAUUACCACAGGCGAGCCGCAACAGCAGCAGCACGGUUCGGAGGGCCGUUCGGAGCUGCCAGCCGGGCGCCGGGGACUAUAAAACCGGCUCCUUCAUCCGCCGCCUAGAGAAAAGCCCCGGGCUUGGCCUUUCCUUAUCGCCGACCCCUAAACUCAGCUCCUGGGAGGGCAAAGUUGGUGUCCGUCGCGCCGGCUGGGAGACGAGAGGGUUGGAGCCAGCAGCAGGUUCCUCAGAGCCAGGAGUUAACUGGGGACAGAGCUAGGGGAGGGGGAAAAGAGGGUUUCCCCUCCCCCUUUCCAGCACCUUGCCCAGGGCUUGCCUGGUACGUGGUGUGGGAGGCACAAGGAGAAGGCAGCAAGAGUUCACCAGGCUUUCAACCCCCACCCCGCCACCCAAGCCAUUGAGGAGUUUUUCUUCCUAAGAAAGCAAAAGUUGGACUGAGUGAAAAAUUGUCCAGGUUUCUCCCUUCUAACCACGUAGGAGGCAGAGAGGAAAAAUGUAUCCGUGAGGAGUUGGGAGAGGGGUAUGAAUCGAACAGAAGAGCCACCAGCCCAGCACGCAGGAGGAAGAAAGCUGUCACCAUCCCAGCAAACACGAAGAUCCAGGGCACAUCCAGUCAUGUGUCUAUAAUAUUGAUAUCCUUUCCACCGCCACAGAAGCAGCGUUCUCCUAGAAGCACAGCAAUCAAGGAAGAAGAGAUUUGCCACGCGCUCAUAGAUCACCUUCCUCCCCAGCGGCUGGAGACUACAUUUUUCCUGUGACUUCACUGUUUGAACACCAAAUAUAGUUUCUUAGAGGGGAUUCUUAAAGGAGUUUGAAAUUCACUGUUGAGGCAAGAAUGUCUGAAAUGCACAGCCUUUGUUGAACGGACAAGGAGAGGAUCGCAGAAGUAGGAGGGAAGUGGUAGGAGAGAAGAGAAAACGUUCGGCUUUCAUUAACUUGAAAGGGGAAGCCCAGAGAUUUAUUUUUGUGGAAGUGUAAAGGCUUUUUUGUUUGAGGUUGUUGUUUCUCCUCCCAUCCUUUUCCCUGUGGUCACAAUACAGCUCGCAGCAUGAUUGAAGUAAACGUCAAUGUUGCCCACAUGUGGCUGGUAACUUUUUAGACAGUUUUUAUAAAGAAACUGACAAGUAUACUAUUCCCUUCUUUAUCAGUGGCUUACUGCUUUUUGACGUUUGAAGCUGAGAUGGUACUUUUUACUCAAACACUACAUGUUGUAUAAUAGGAGUGAGACUGAAAAUAUACUCUUUACUCAUUUCAGUAAAACUUGCUUGGUUCCAGCGCGACGAGGGAUACUUUACAGAGCUUAAAGUAGAAAAAAGCUGAACUUCCUCUGAGACUUGGUUCUCCUUCUAAACAGCGAUUUAUGCUGUUGACUUUUUAUGGAUUCUUAACUUUUUUCCCCCUGAAUUACAUUUUUCCACCACUUGUACAGAAGCCAAAUGACACAUGUGUUUUGAAAUGCUUCUCCAAAUAUACACCCUUGUAUCCGGGAUCUCGCUAGAAAGAGCUGGAGCGGUUGUCAGUAUCUAAAUAAAGCUGAUUUUAUUGUUUUGUGAACACUCUAGACUCCAGAAAUGUUCUAGUUUGCUUUAUAACGGUUAAAUUUGAAGGUUGAUUUUUUCUGUUUGGAAAAACCAGGAAACACGAGAGUAGGAACACUACCUGUAUGUUCUAACUGUAUUUCGAAAAUGGGAGCUGCUACCAAGUUGGCGUUCGCUGUCUUUUUGAUCUCUUGUUCUUCAGGUGCCAUACUAGGCAGAUCGGAAACACAGGAAUGCAUCUACUAUAAUGCUAAUUGGGAAAAAGAUAAAACAAACCGCAGUGGCAUUGAACCGUGUUAUGGUGAGAAAGAUAAAAGACGACACUGCUUUGCUACAUGGAAGAAUAUUUCUGGAUCAAUUGAUAUUGUGAAACAAGGUUGUUGGCUGGAUGAUAUCAACUGUUAUGAUAGGACUGAUUGUAUAGAAAAGAAAGACAGCCCUGACGUGUUCUUCUGUUGCUGUGAAGGCAAUAUGUGUAAUGAACGUUUUUUCUAUAUUCCAGAGAUGGAAGUAACACAGCCCACUUCCAAUCCUGUUACAACUAAACCACUCUUGUUCAAUACCCUGCUUUACUCGUUGGUGCCUAUAAUGGGAAUUGCGGUGAUCGUGUUGUUUUCAUUUUGGAUGUACAGACAUCAUAAACUAGCAUAUCCUCCAGUACUUGUACCAACACAACACGCCUUUCAUAUAAUGAUUGAGGACCCUAGCUUGCCACCACCUUCACCCUUGAUGGGUCUGAAGCCUCUGCAGUUGUUAGAGAUCAAAGCUAGAGGAAGAUUUGGUUGUGUAUGGAAAGCACAGUUACUAAAUGAGUAUGUUGCUGUCAAAAUAUUCCCAAUCCAGGACAAACAGUCAUGGCAAAAUGAGUAUGAAAUUUACAGCUUGCCUGGAAUGAAGCAUGAAAAUAUCUUACAGUUCAUUGGUGCAGAGAAACGAGGCACCAGCAUUGAUGUAGAUUUAUGGUUAAUUACAGCAUUUCAUGAAAAGGGUUCAUUAACUGACUUUCUCAAGGCAAAUGUGGUUUCAUGGAAUGAGCUGUGUCAUAUUGCUGAAACUAUGGCUAGAGGUUUGGCUUACCUUCAUGAGGAUAUACCAGGUCUGAAAGAUGGACAUAAACCUGCUAUAUCCCAUAGGGACAUCAAAAGCAAGAAUGUACUGUUGAAAAACAACCUUACAGCUUGUAUUGCUGAUUUUGGUCUAGCUUUAAAGUUUGAGGCUGGAAAGUCUGCAGGUGACACACAUGGACAGGUUGGUACGCGAAGGUACAUGGCUCCAGAGGUAUUAGAAGGUGCGAUAAACUUCCAAAGGGAUGCAUUUCUGAGGAUAGAUAUGUAUGCUAUGGGAUUAGUCCUGUGGGAACUGGCAUCCCGAUGUACUGCAUCAGAUGGGCCAGUGGAUGAAUACAUGUUGCCAUUUGAAGAGGAAAUUGGUCAGCAUCCAUCUCUUGAAGACAUGCAGGAAGUUGUAGUGCACAAAAAGAAGAGGCCUGUUUUAAGAGAAUGCUGGCAGAAACAUGCUGGAAUGGCAAUGCUCUGUGAAACAAUAGAAGAAUGCUGGGAUCAUGAUGCAGAAGCCAGAUUAUCAGCUGGUUGUGUAGAAGAACGGAUUAUUCAGAUGCAAAGACUGACUAAUAUUAUAACAACAGAGGACAUUGUGACAGUGGUCACAAUGGUGACAAAUGUUGACUUUCCUCCCAAAGAAUCCAGUCUAUGAUAGUUAUACUGGUUAUGCAUUCUGACCAACAGGACUCUGAACUGGAGCUGCUAAAGCUAAUGAGAUUGCUUACUGUUGUUACUUACUACAUGAAAUGAGGAAUGGUAAGUCUUUUGGGAAUGUUGAUGAGACAUUUUUCCAAACAUGAAUACAUGAGACUUUACUGCAUUCCCGUCUGACUGAGAAGUGGCAAAAUAUUAAGGAACUUAAAUAAAUGAAGAAUAUGGACCUAUCUGGGCUAAUCAAGUGUUUUAAAAACUGACAUCAGAUUUCUUAAUGUCUGUCAGAAGAGACUAAUUCCUUAAAUGAACUACUGCUAUUUUUUUUAAAUCAAAACAUUUCAUUUCAGAUUUAAAAAGGGUAACUUGUUUUUAUUGCAUUUGCUGUUGUGUUUAUAUAAAUGACUAUUGUAAUGCCAAUAUGACACAGCUUGUGAAUGUUUAGUGUGCUGCUGUUAUAUGUACAUAAACAAAAGUAAUCAAGUGGGAUAUAGCAAAGAGGCUUCCAAGCAUUACUUAAACCUCCCUCAACAAGGUAUACCUCAGUUCCACAUCUGCUAAAUUAUGAGAUUGACAACACUAACAGUCUGAUUAAUAAAUUGAUCCAUGUUUUUUAAGUGCUGUAUUACAAAUUCAUUGUUAUUUUUAAAAGGGUAAGCUAAGCUUCAUGCCAAGAGUAAAUGGCCAUUCCUAAAGCAGUGUUUUUAAUCCCUUUUUUGUGCUAGCUUGUGUAUAAAAAGUGCUAGGUUUGAAACAAAACUUUCUUCCUAUUUUAGCUUAAAGUUUUUUUAUCUCACCUCCCGUUCCCAAAAUAUUGCAUACAUUUUUACUGAAUAUUAUUUAGGUUUGCUGUGUCUGAGGAAUAUUUGAAAAUUUUAAGCAUGACUUUUAAUUUUAUGUGAGCUAUGACACUGGAAAGCUCUUAAUUCUUAUUCUUUCUAAAAAAGGCUUUUUCCCCCCUAUUUAUGUAUGUAAAAAGUUCUGUAUAGUGUAUUUUGUUUCACUAAACUGUAUGCAGUGUUCUGUAUCACUGUUUCAGGAUCACCUCAGGAAGCUUAAUUACCCUCAACUCCUCACUCUCUCUGCUUUGAGAUUUGCAACUUCUCUUCACUUAAGUUUGGUGCCAUCGUGUUUGAGUGAUAAUUGAUGUCUGUGAUACAUGGGUUCAUCAGUUACGUUAAAAAUGAUAGCCACAGACUUCCGAUGUAACUGCUUAAAAUAAUCAGGGAUAACUUUAGUUAUUAUGCUAUAAUUUCAAAUAUGCAAUGACUAUUUAGAGGUAACGAACACCAACAUAGGUAGCACAGUCUAGCAAAAAAUAAUAAUAAAAUUGCUUUCACAGCUGACUCCAACAUUAGUUUUAGGGUUUAGGAGAUCAUGCCUUAUAUACUCUGUAACUUAAAAAACCUGAAUUGACCAUAGGUGCCAAAGUGCUUUUCAAAAUUAAUAUUAACUAGUUAUUUGAUCCUUUACAUUUAUACAGGUCAAAGUUUAAAAAAAAAAUUUCUAAAAUACUCAAGUAAUGAACCAACAAUAGCCAGUAUUAUACUAUGUAUUUUGUCAGGUCAUAUUUUUAAAUCAUGCAUUAGAUUUUUAAGGAAGUUUUUAAUGUCACAAUCAGGAGCUCACUGUGAAUGUUAUCUUUAAACAGUUAUUUGUAAAAACCACAGAAUACACUCAAUUUUACAUAUAAUAUGCACUUAAUCUCUGGGAACAAUAACAUUAUUUAUAAACAAGAUCUAGGUGACCAUAUUCUAAGCAGGGGGAGGGUGGAAGAAGAGUAAUAGCAAUGUUAUUCAUGCAUAACAUUCAAUACAGUUCUGUUCGCUGUAUGUCACUUACUCCUAGGGUUUCGUGGUAGCCAUAAGAAUCCUGCUUUAUUGGUAUAGGUGCAACUUGCUCAUUUUGUUUAUAAAACAAACUACUUGUGCACCCAUUUUAUUGAUCUGAUUUUCAUUUUGCUUCCACCUUCGUUGCAGGGAUACAAUACCUUAAACAUAUAUCAAGUGAUCAUGGCUAAAGAGAGAUGAACAAAAAAAUCAUAUUUUACUGAAAAAUUGCAUUGCUCUUUGAUGUUUAAACCCAACACUGGCAAAGGUAGAAGGAACAGCAUGGAUGAUAUAAGGAUCAGUUAUCAAGAUUCAAUGCUGAAGUUAUACCUAGCUAAGCACAUGUCUGUAUGAGCUUUGCAUCCCCCAUGCAUAAUCCUUUAACUUCUGCUGGUAUGGGCCCUGGUGGCCAUGCUCUUUGGGGGCUCUUUUGAUGUUGCUAGUGCACUUUGUGUUUGCAAGUGCUGCAGGGACAUCACAAAGCCGGAAAUCACAAAGCCUGAUUUUAAUGGGAUAUUUAUUUUCAUAGAAAUUCCCACAGUGUGUGAAUAUUGUACUAACUAUUUUCUCAUUUUUGACAGCAUAGUACAGUAUCUCACUGAAAAGGAUGUUCAUGGUAAAAGUGUUUUUUUUAAUAAUUGGUGAAAUAACGAAACUUUGGUGAGCUGUUCUUAUACAUAAGAUUUCUGUUUUGCAGGGCAUUUUAACCCAUCUGUGUUCCUUUUAUAGUACAGUAAAUAUUGCUGAUGUGCAAGUUAAAAUGUUUGAGCCAGAUUCAUGAAUGAGGAUAAGAAAAAAUAAGAACUAAGCUAGUGAAAAUAUUCUGGCAUUACUUACUAGCAGAAGUAGUGACCAUUGUCCCUCUUCGUACUUACAGCAUGUGUGGUGGUGUGUGUAUGUACAUAUAUGGUCUAUUCCGGUGGUUCACUGUAUUUUGGCUUGUGAAGAAAAGUCAGUCCCUUGGCUCUCACUUCCAACUUGUUGGCUUUGCCUGUCUAUUUAAAUGAACGCUGUAUAACUGCCACAGGACUGAUGGAUUGGCCAGCUUUUGGCUUUCCUUGAAGUCCAAGCCCUGCCUUUUUUUAGUUCAUGUUAGAUACUAGGAAAUUUUUAUAUACCAUGAUGCAUGACUCCUCUUUGUACACCUACUACUACAUGUACCUUAGCAUUUCAGAUGAGACUUGUGUCUCAAUUCUUGAAGUUCCUGAACUAGCGUUGUCAUUCAUGGUGGUGUUUUGAAACUAUAAAUCAGGAUGGAAAUUGACCACUUUGUACCUUCUAUUUGAAAUAGCAAAAUUCAUGUAGAGUAGCUUUAAGAGUUUUGGAGUGCCAGCUAAAAUGUAAACAAACAGAAGUGAAUAUUUCUUGAUUUCUCUUCUCAACCUUUUCAAUGCAUUUAUUUUUAUUAGGAACAUUUGGUACAAAGUACAGAAAGCUAUAUGCAGGUUUAUGGGCAAAAUGAUACAAGUAGCAUCCUUGAUGGAACAUCAUUUACCUCAGAUAUUCAACCAGCAGUACUUUUUUUUUAAUGCAGUCUCAGUCCAUAAAUAUUAUUCGUUACCUCUCAAGAUAUUGGUAAGCAAUUAUUUUAGCUUUACUCUGUAUUUAUCUGUUUUGGGCACAGGUUGUUGUACUACUGUCAAAUUAUACUUGCUAUUUUUCUGCAAGUAUCAAAAACAAAACCCCAGCCCAGGAUAAAAGUGAUUGUUAAAUAUUGUAUAAAUAAAAAUGUAUGCUCUUUCUGCUCCUACCCCCAAAAGUUAAAUAAAAAUUAAGUGACUACUGUA